CUUCCAGCUCAUUAGAGGUUUAGAGCCAUCAAACCGCAUCUAAAUCCUUACGGAAACGCAUCCAGUAGUCGGCGACGCGGCACAUGCGAUGACCCCUCAUCAGGCUUCUGGAGCGGGUCAAGCAAUCGAGGACGGCUUCGUCCUCGCUAGCCUCCUCGCAGACCCGCGCGCGACCCGCGAGACGCUCCCGCACGUGCUCCAGGCGUACGACGCCAUCCGCCGCCCUUUCUCUCAAGACAUCGUGCAGCGCUCGCGCACGUCCGGGAUGCUCUACGACUUCCUCCUCUCGCCGUCCGAGGCUGGCGGCGACGCGGUGGGCGUGGUGGGGGACUCGGCGGCGGAUGACCUUGCUAGGAGGAGUGCGCUGGCGCAGCGGCUGAUGUUGUGGACGAACCAGACGUCUAUCAUGAGUGACAGGGAUCGCGCCUUGCAAGCGUUGGAUGCUGCCCUCGCGGCGGAGUCUGGAAAGGUCGAGUAAGUUAUUUUGCAUCGCGAGCUGCGUGAUUGUGAUUUCACGUCUCUAAAUGUAUGUGUGCAAUUCGAGACUCGUGACAUGCCGUG